AUGGUCCGAAUCACCAGCAUUGCAUUACUGGCUUCUGCUGCUAAGGCUUUGGCGGUGUCUGCUAAACUUGAGUUCGAUGCCACUCCUGCAGUUGACCGAGAGCAUGCCCUCGUUUCGCGUCAAGACUCUCCUCCUUCCGAGCCUCCGGUUGAGGAGCCAAAGCCUGAAGAGGUAAAGACUGCCAACGCAGACCUGGCCGUGCUGUUGCAAAAGAUUCUGGACGUCAUGGGAAGCGUCAACGAGGACAUAAAACAAGGCAAAGUAAAGCUUGAAACCGAGACAAAGCUUACGCCUGAAGAACAAAAGGUUGCCCUUGAAAAUAUACAGGAGGGGAUCAUGCAAUCCGCCCAAACCUUGGUGGAUAUAGGUAAACCGUUAAUUGAAGGCGAAGGAGAAGGCGAAGGAGAAGGCGAAGGAGAAGGCGAAGGAGAAGGCGAAGGAGAAGGCGAAGUCGAGCCUGCACCUGAAGCCAAAUACAUGGCCACCUCGGCGAUCUCACUGCCCACUUUUGGUGGUCUGAUGGCAGCUCUAAGGUUUCUGCAUGGCCCUGAUGUGAAGCCAUCAACGUAUUUGACGUCGAAGCAAAAGGCUUCGACAUCAGCAGUCCUGGGGUGGAGGAUCUACCGAAGAGAGUGGUGUCCGACCCUUAUCAUCCUGAGCAUCAGUAUCGACCUUGUCUGUCGCCAGAAGCAGUUUGACGAUAGCCUCAUGUCCCUUCUCGGUGGCAUAUGA